GAGCCUAGAAAAUGAAGCUAAAGGAAAUUGAGCGAACAGCUGUCCAGGCAUGGAGUCCAGCAAACAACCACCCCAUUUAUCUAGCAACAGGAACAUCUGCCCAACAACUGGAUGCAUCCUUCAGUACAAAUGCCACCUUGGAAAUAUUUGAGGUUGACUUCAGGGAUCCCUCUGUGGACAUGAAGCAGAAAGGAACACUUCCUGCCUCAAACAGGUUUCAUAAGCUGAUCUGGGGUAACUUUGGAAAUGGGUCCCCAGAGUCCUCCGGAGUGAUCAUUGGUGGAGGGGAUAAUGGUGUACUGACAAUGUACAGUGUGCACCGCAUCUUGGCCUCAAAGAGUGAGCCUGUAAUUGGGCAGACAGAGAAGCAUUCAGGUCCUGUUCGAGCUCUUGACUUCAACCCUUUCCAGAGUAACCUCUUAGCUUCUGGAGCCAAUGAUUCUGAAAUUUUCAUCUGGGACUUGAAUAACUUCAGUGUGCCUAUGACUCCAGGGGCUAAAUCACAGCCUCAUGAAGACAUCAGUGUGGUGUCCUGGAAUCGGCAAGUGCAGCAUAUCCUGUCCUCUGCUCACCCCAGUGGCAAGGCUGUGGUUUGGGACCUCAGGAAGAAUGAGCCUAUCAUCAAAGUCAGUGACCACAGCAACAGAAUGCAUUGCUCAGGAAUGGCCUGGCAUCCAGAAGUUGCAACCCAGCUAGUUCUUUCCUCUGAGGAUGACCGCUUGCCAGUGAUCCAAAUAUGGGACUUACGUUUUGCUACCUCUCCUUUGAGCCAGCUGGAAGGGCACACGAGGGGAGUUCUCUCUGUCUCUUGGUGCCAGGCUGACCCUGAACUGCUGUUGAGUAGCGCCAAAGACAACCGGAUCUUGUGCUGGAACCCAAGUAUGGGAGAGGUGGUUUACGAGCUGCCCAUUCGCAGUCAGUGGUGCUUUGAUGUCCAGUGGUGUCCUAGGAAUCCUUCAGUCUUCUCUGCUGCCACUUUCGAUGGGUGGAUCAACAUUUAUUCUGUUAUGGGUGGGAACUUAGAAGCUCAGCAGAAGACGCAGGCUGACAAGAUCUCUUCCUCCUUCAACAACCUCGAUCCCUUUGGCACAGGACAGAUCCUUCCUCCUCUGCAAGUUCCAGAGCAAGUAGCUCAGACCACCUUGAUUCCACCAUUAAAAAAGCCACCCAAAUGGAUUCGCAGACCUGUGGGGGUUUCAUUUGCAUUUGGUGGAAAACUUAUUUCCUUUGGUCUUACCAAAGCUCCUGGGCAGCAAAUGCAGCAGACUUACCCACACCAGGUAUUCAUCAGUCAAGUCACUACUGAAACUGAAUUCCUGCUCCGAUCCAGAGACCUGCAGAUGGCCUUGCAGUCAGGGAAUCUCCUUGAUUACUGCCAGGGCAAGAUCCAGACAGCCAAGUUGCCAUUUGAUGAGAACCUUUGGAACUUCUUGAAGGUGAAUCUGGAGCAGCAGUCCAGGACUAAAUUCCUCAAGCUGUUGGGCUACAGUAAAGAAGAUCUGCAAAAAAAGAUCGCCUCAUGUUUGAGUAAUGGGAUCCCCGAUAAGAAGCCCCUUCCUGAGGCAGAUGAGACAAAUGCUGCGCAGCCAGAUCAGCUUUUGAUAAAUUCCAGUGAUGAUGUAGCUGCUGUUUCCUCCUCUUCAGCCUUUUUUGACAACCUCAUCCCACAGAAUAUGAGUGCAUUGGAGAUUCCUGUCACAGAAGAUACAGAUGGACUCAUCAGUCAAGCCCUUUUGUUGGGGAAUUUUGAGGGUGCAGUGGAGCUGUGCAUGCGAGCAGAACGCUUUGCUGAUGCCAUCAUCUUAGCUAUAGCUGGUGGGGAGAAGCUCCUAAAGGAGACCCAGAAGUGCUACUUUGCCAAGCGGAAGACAAAACUCUCCCUGCUCCUUUCCUCCAUUGUGCAACAGAACUGGCAAGACAUUGUUUGCAUGUGUGAUCUACGGAGCUGGAAGGAGGCACUGGCCAUCUUGUUAACGUACUCAAAGCAUGAGGACUAUACCCAGCUCUGUGACAUGCUGGGUGCCCGCUUAGAGUCGGAGGGAGAUGCAGCCCUGUCCAAUGAUGCCUGCCUCUGCUAUAUCUCAUCAGGCAAUGUGGAGAGGUUGGUGGAAUGCUGGGUAAAAACCCAUGAGACUUCGUCACCCCUUGAUCUGCAGGAUCUCAUAGAGAAGGUGAUGGUGCUGAGCAGGUCCAUUGAGAUGCUCCAAGGCACAGCAGGACCAGCGCCAGGCCCUGUCUUGGCAGAACGAAUCACCCAAUAUGCCAGUCUUCUGGCAUCACAAGGAUGCUUGGCAGCUGCAAUGAAUUACUUACCCAGCAGCUCUAAAGAGCUCCUGAUCGAGCAGCUCCGAGACCGGCUUUUCCAUGCUCAGGGAGAGAAUGUGGGUGAUCAGCAGCCACCCCCUUUUCCCUAAACUCGUGUCAAUGUAGGUGUCACUAAACACACGUCCACAGCAGCCAAGGGUGGUUCUGCCCCUGAAGGAGCAGCUCACAAAACAGGUCCCAGACAUCCAGAGAAGGCCAGCACAGGUCCACAAACAAGUGUCUAUUCCAGAGGGCCCCCGUACCCACAGUACAACUUGGGCUUGGUUCCAGCAACCAUUUCAGGGCCAGGUAAGUGUUGUCUGAUAAUUGUGGCCAUUCUCCAGUCUCAGCCAUUUGGACCAGUGGGAGUCGGACCUGUUGGUCCUGCUCCCUUCCCCAGCCAGCCUUCUCUGCCAGGACAGUCCAUGCCCAUGACAUCUCCUGGUGUUCCACCACCCAGACCUGCCCUCUUCACUCCAGCCUCAGUCCCAUCGUCUCAGCUUCCUGCAGCUUGUCCUCUCCCUGUGGCAAGCCAGUCUCCUCUAGGUUUCUCUUCAACACCAUUCAACUCCCCCAUGAACAUGGGUUACCCUCAGGGAGGUCCUGGAGCUCCAUCUACUAAGCCCCUGCCAGCAGCCAGCAUUCCUCCUCCUCCCGUAGGUUUCUUCCCUUGGCUAGAUCCCCACGUGGAUCAUGCAGCUCAGGAAUCUUGGACUGAUCCCUCUGCUAUAAGAGGAGGCCUUCAAAAGAAAAAGUUGCCUGAGAAAUUUACUCCUCCAGCCCCCAUCACAGCUCCAGUAAUGAGCCUGCCUGCAGAGCCCCAAGGGAUCCAUCCUCAGCUGUCCAGGUUGCAAGAGUCUGGCCAGUCACCCCCAGGAGCACCCAAGGAAGGCAGCCUGCAGUAUCACCAGCUACCUGUGGAGAGGGUUGAGAAGAAGGAGGUGCCCCCUGAGCACCAGGCUCUGAAGACCACAUUUGAAGGGUUGGUGCAACGCUGCUCUGCUGUCGCCACUGAUCCAAAAACCCGAAGGAAGCUGGAGGAUGCAUUGCAGCGGCUGGAGUGUUUGUAUGAGAAGCUCCGUGAGCAGACGCUCUCUCCAACCAUCCUCAUGGGUCUCCAUGAAAUUGCCCGCUGCAUUGAGGCUAGGAACUACCAACAAGGUCUCCUGGUUCACACCCAAGUGGUGAGCAGCAGCAGUUUCAGUGAGGUGUCUGGUUUCAUGCCCAUCCUGAAAGUCCUCAUGACCAUUGCUGGCAAGCUGAACGUGUAAAGUGUGGAGCAGCUGGAACAGAGCACACUGAGAGCUGGUGGACUCCCUCACCUGUUGAUGUGCUGCAGGUUGUGGACUCUCCUUCUGAUUCUGGAGGAAUAAGUCUGUGCCAGAGCCUGGAACUGUGCUGGGCCAGCACACGUGGCCCCAUCCACUCUCCAGAUAGCCCACUGGUGCCUGGGACUCCUGGAGACUGUUCUUUCUCUCUCUUCUUUCUCGCUAGUCUGAGACCGCUUCCCAGCCCAGGGAUCCCAAUUUCAGGCUGUCCUCGUUGCACAGAGAUCCUCCCUCUUCCCUGUUCCCCCAGCACAAAGGGGAAACUCCUUCCCUCCCAGACUGGCAUUGUUUUUUUUAUUUUAGGAGACAAACAGGGCUGGCACCUGCAGC